AUGUUUCAACCGUAUUUCAUGAAGAAAAAAUGUAUUCCAUUGGAUAUAGGAACGAAUGUAGAUCCAACAGUCUUUUUAAGUGAUUAUUCAACAAUAUCCAAUGCGAACUUCAAAGAUAUCUUAUUAGCAACAGUCAUGACGAAUGAUUUUCCAAGAAAUUCAUUCACUGAAUUACUCAAUAAUAAUGAACAAAUAUUAACAUAUACGCGUCAAUUGACUAUUUUGAUGAAUAAAUUAAACUAUUACAAACUACAACAGGAGCAAUGGACGUAUUAUUAUCAACUUGGUAUAACCGAAGGUAUUUGGAAUGGACGAGUCUCAAAAGCGAUGGCUCAAAUGAAUUCUAUGUGUCAUACUUAUGGUCGAUCGAAAGUAAUUGUCAAUCAACGUAGAGAAAAAUAUCAAAAACAACUUGAACAAACGGAAAAUGAACUUCAUGAAUAUAUGAAACAAGCGCCAACUCAUGUGGAUAUAAAUCAACUCACAACGAUAGUGACGCAUUUUAUCCAUCAGGAUCAAUAUUCACUACGUAUUGAAAUGGAAAGAAGAAGACAAAUGCUCAAAUGGAAUGCAGAAGACCAUCGAUUGAUCGAAAUAUUUUACAAAUUAGAACCACGACAGACAGAGAUUCAUUCAGCAACAGUUAUUUGGAAAGCAACUUCUGCAGAACAAACACUGCGAUCUGAAAUUGAAAUAUUUAAAACAUGGGUAUCGUCGAGAUCAUCGUUAACAUUCUAUACUUAUCGUGAUCUCGGGUUGACAACGAUUAAUGAAAUAUUAACACAACUUGUCUUUGAUCAACAAUGUGUCAUAACAAACUUGAAUAAGUCCAUCAAUGAAUUAGAUCUGAACCAAAACUUCAUCGAUCAUAUCACGAUACAAGUGCCAGCAAAAGCUGAACAAACUGCACAAGUUUACACGAAAAAAGUUAUUGACGAAAAAGUUAAAUUAUUCUCUAUGAAAAAGAAAACUGAUGGCAAAACAACGAUUGAUUCAUUUCUAUCUGCCAUCGAAAAUCGUACAAACAACAUCAUCCAACGCGCUCAUUAUAAUACAAAACAUAAACUCCAAAUGAUAUGCAAUGAAAUAGGCACACAUAAACUUUGA